GACGGCCGAACCGUCCGGGUGUCGUUUAGGUUGUGUCGAAAGAUUGGGACUUGCUCUCCUGAGUCCCACCACAAAACAAGAGGAAGUAAGUACAUAGCACGAGGUACUCCGUAUAGAAAGUACCAAGUCUUGGGUAAGGAAGGAACCUGGGAAAGGGCACCUCCGUUCCUUCCCUGCUCAGUGUCCCCGUCGUAUUGCACAUUAUCCCUGCAUCUGCACACCUCCUUCCUUGAGUUUCCCUUCGCCUUCCAUUCUCUUUUCUUUUUUUUUUUGGUCCCUCCCUGGCAGCCGGUCGUCUGGAUGUACCUCCCGUCUCCAAUUGCCCCCACAUCUGGGUCAGACCAGCCAGUCACCAAACUCACCAAGCAAGCGCAUUCCCUCGUUCCCUCCUUCUUUCUUCCAAAUAAACCAAUCAGAAUCGCGUUUCGGAGCACAAUCCCCAUCCACACCACCCACACACCUCGUACCUCUCACACCCGUCUCUCUUUCUGUCCACACACCCCCGUUUUAUGCCUCCCCUUGCAUUCAAUACACAAAUUGCCUUUUCCUAGUCAGUCGGGUCCCUCGCAUCAUCGCCAAGUUCCAACACCAACAAAGCACAAGCGCAAAGCGCCAAAACAUCCACCUCAGCUUUCUGUGCAUCCACCUCGCCCCGUCCACCUUUCUCUUGUUGUUGCUAUUGUCUGCUAAGGAGAGAUACUGGCAUACUGCUACAUGCUUGCUUGCGCCGCCGCCUACGGAUACCUUUACCGCACCGCCGCUGCGCCAUCGACAAUCAGCGAACGAGAAACAGAACCACCCGCAGAGGAACACUUCCAAUUCGCUCAACUCACGGCCCAUCUCCUUUUUACACUAUCUACCGGCACCAUUUCGCUGGCUGGCUGCUUUUGCUACCUUACUCACCGAACGGAUACCUUACUCUCUGUGCGUGUCUCUCUCUCUGGCCCCCAGGAUCCAAGGCCCACCCGCACUCGCAAUCACCACCCCAGAGGCCAAUUUCCCACCAAGCUCACGCACGUCGCCCGCCUGAGAGGUCUGAAGCUGCCUCCUUCCCCGACCUUUGACAGUUAUUCUCGCUCUUUCCGCUGUCAUCCCCAUCUACAACAUUUCAACCUCCUCACAAACAUCCUCUUCUCCCCCCAAAACCGCUCCAAAACCACUCGUCCACACGACAUAGAGAACCAUCGUAGGCGUCGCUUCUUUUAUUUUGCUCGCCCAACUCUCUUCGCGCAUUCAUUUUCGCACCAUUUUCUUGCGCGAUAUCGAGGCUUUCGUUAGUUCUCGAUUCUUCUGCGUCGCUGUCUUCGCUGCGCGACCGUCGCAAUCCCAUCCCUUUGUCGCCGACUCGUCUGCUUCGGUCUCCGGCUCUCUCUUGCCUCUGGCCUUCCUGACCGGACGCCCGACCACAUCAUCACGCACCACUCGCCCCCCCCUGCCACCCCUUUUCGGGCCCCAUCAUCCAAGGCCAACCAACGCACCACACACCCGUCGCCUCGUCUUCACCCACGCCCAGAGCAGCCACACGCUUACACCCGACUCGUCCGUCUGGGGAAUCCACUGUUUACGUCAGCCCUCGUCGCCAGCUCGCAAGCUCAUUGCUCGCACCUCAGCUUUUUGGCUCCUCUGCCUGCAUCAGCACCACGUCGCACGCUGCAGGUGCCUGGUCCGUCCGCCACUGCCACAUUGCACCUUCGUCAGGCUGUUGCCUCGCGCCUCAUCUCACGUUCGCAUAAAGUCGACAGGCCGCCCUCAACGCGACCUUUCAUCCCAUCACCUUCACUGCUCUCAGAGAACCGCGCUUAUGUUCCGAUCACUCUGGAGCAGCGAGCGGGGAAGCGAAACAACGAUCAGUCACAUUCAACCCAUGCCAUCAUUCGCGCAAAAGCAUCAGUUCAUUCUGCCGCAACCUGCGCAAACGGCAUCACUGGCGGGCCCGUCGUGCCCUCAAAAGAGGCGUCUGUCAAGCGUUGACGACUCACCUUCGCCAGAUGCACUCAUCGCCACUGAGCAGCCCUUGAAGCGGGCCAAGCUGGAGAGCACCAACCUCGCCGUCUCUGACAUCCCUUCCAGUGUCGUCUCUGACGUACCAGCAUCCGCGUCUUUGCCUGUGCCUGUGCCUGCCGCUGUUCCAGCAGUGACUAACGACAUGGAGGACGCGCGCGAUGCUAUCCAGUACCAAUUUGGUCUUGAGAUCUUGCUCAAGCACAAUGAGCUGAGGCUAAUCAACCAAGAACUGGCAAAAUGUCAGGUUGCUCUCGAGCAACUCCGUCGCUGCCAUCUCAUUCCGUAUCCUACUGCCUGUCCCACUCCCGCGCAGAUGUUGGAUAUCAGCAACGGAAAGGGUCCUGCUCUGCAAAACCGUCCGGGAGAGCCUGUCCCCCAAUGGGCUGCGCCUUUUGGAGUUGUCGAUGGACCUUACGCUCGACACUACGCCAAGUGGCUCAUCCCCGAUCCCAAGUUUGAUGGCAUGCAACCUGAGUGGUACCCAGUGCUUGAGACUGCCCGUAGCAGAAGCUCAGUUGAGGGACGAACGACAAGGAACAGCAUGUCUGAUCUCGCCAGCGCAAACAAGAACCGCUCGACUCGGGGUAUUGGCAGCCAGAAGCUGCAGUCUCUCUCCAGCGGCUACCCUCAGCCAAAGGAGAAGGCUGGACCUUGUGUUCUCAAGCGCUCCGACGGCCAGACUGUGAAGCUUGUCUGCUUGGAUUGCAAUCGGGAGAACUUCAGCAGCACUCAGGGCUUCAUCAACCACUGCCGCAUCGCCCAUAGGCGAGACUUCAAGAGCCACGAAGAGGCGGCCGUUCAUUGCGGUCACCCCUUCGAGGUUAAUGAAGGCGGCAGUCUUGUUGGAGAGGAAAAGGCUCCGCCUCCCCCAUCAACCGCCAUCGCGUCUGGUCUCGUCCAUCCUUUUGCCCAGACCGACAUGUCCACCCAACAGGCGUACGUUGCUUUGCGUUCUAGGAUCGCAGAUUCCCUCAAGUUGUAUCGUGAUGGCAAGCUGCCUGGCGUUACAAGCAUCCCUCAAGGUACUUCAAAGGCAGAGCCUGCGAGGUCCGCUGCGCCAAAGCCUGGAAACUUCGUCGCCUCGGCUGACACCCCCUUCCUUUCGCGACUCAUGCAGAGCAGAAACUUCACCGGCAACCUCAGUGACAUUGUCAGUGACGCCAAGGAGAAGAUGUCGCUGGAAGACCUCACAUCGCCGGGUGAGGAAUCGGAAGAUACCGAGACUGGGCUCGGCAGCCCGAAGAGCAAUGCUGGAUCAGCUGCUCGUAUGCCUGCCAUGCGCAUGCCUGCGAGAGCACCAACGUCACCCGUCACUCUGACUUCGUCGACAAGACCAACAAGCAGUAAGGGAAGGUCGCCUCCCACAGGCUUUGCUUCGCCUCCCAUGAGCAGUCCCGAGAAGGACGACGGACCCACCAGGGUAGUAAUACACUCUGGUGAUGAUGUCGACAUGGAGGACGUUGACCUCAGCCCUAGCACAAUGGUCAGCAACAACGCACCUUCGCUUGUCAGCGACGACGGCGAGUAUGAUGACUCCGACGACGGGUCGUCCGAAUCAGGUGUCAGUGAUCGCAUGGAUGCCGAGUCGGUAUCUGACGUUGCUGAGAUCACACUUGAUGAGGAUCACGAUGGACGCCCUCUUGGUCAUCACAGGGAGUCCAGCGGAGUCGGUUCCGGCACUGCGAUGCGUCUCAAAAAGGAUGAGAACAAGCAUGUCACUUUCGUUAGCCCUGUCCACGACAGCGCGAAGCGAGCCCGAAAAGUUUAGGGCGUUUUCGGCACUCUCUCGAGUCUGAUAAAUGCUCUCCUGUUUCUUUGCAACAAGAUCUCUUCUCGAGGCAACACCUAACUUGCCGCCAACCCCCCUUUUCACUGCUUUCUUCGGCGACCAAGACCUUUUUUGCGCAUACAUACUCCUUUUUAGUCGACGAAAGUUUUUUCCCCUCUUAGUAUUAUCCUCUUUAUUCAUACGACUCUGCGCAACCAGGGGUCAAAUAGGACAGGCAAAAAAAGCAGGCUGCGGUGGCGUGUGUGGCCGGAGAUGAUAACGUCACUUGUUAGAGAUAUGAACCGGGCGUCACGGUUGUUGGGAAGCGUCUGCCUUUUGCGUACUGUUUAUUUCUUGCUUUAUUUGCUUGUAGACUUUAUACUGUUACAACUUCACUGCCUUGGACCAAAGUCCUCCUGGAGGUAGGGGACCGAGGCCCGCAACGACACUUGAGAAAGAGGGAGAUGGUCUCCCAAAGGAGGGACACAAACGCUUAUGAGCCAGCUGUAGGAUUCGAGGACACUCGUGUUGUAUCAUAGCGGUUGGAGAAGAAGGCUUGAUGAAAACAAUGACGAUAACGAGC